CAGAGAGUUUAUUUACGAUGUCAAAGAAUUCGUCAAUAUGUACGCGUACGUUGCCGCUUACCUUUAGUCGAUGCGUUAUGAGUCGUUUCCACAAGGAAGCCUUUUUGGCGGGCCCCUUUGACUCAAAAAUCGAUUCUAGUUUCAGCCAGAUGUCUCGUGCAGUUAUGCAGUUUUUUACCUGUUUGAGUUCUACAUCAUUGAUUGCGAGGUACAGAUCCGCCUUUGCCUUCUCGUCUUCGUCCUUCCACGCUGUUACUGCCUCCGCGUUGUUCGCCGUGAGUUCCGGUUUUGCAUUCCGUCCAGUGACGUAUGGCCAUGUCUUAUUUUUGACCAUUACUGCUUGGAUACGAAUUUUCCACGUGUCAUAAUUGUCUUUUGACAAUAGAGGAAUUCGUGCCGUGUUUCCCGAAAAUUCCAUGAUUUCUUCCGUAGGUGUCGAUUAUUCCACCUAACCUCACAACUGCACGUGCUGGUUCUUUCGGUCACGAUACUUGAUUAUUUCACUACAGACUUUGUCCUGGGCCCAUAACCUGUUAGAGCAAUAAGUUCUAUUCGCAGGGAUGGUG